ACAGUGGCUAUACCUACAGCAACAUUAUCGCGGUCCUUUUAUAUAGACGCGUUCGCCGGGAUCCGCUGUUAUUCGUUCGUCGGGUCCGCGCCGCUGCAGUUCGCCGACCGCCUUCGACCGAUUCGCGCGCCGAUCGCCAAACGACGACGUUCGGACGACGCGUUGCCAGGCGGACGAAAAUGACGUUCUGUUCGUCGCGGACGAGUUUCGGCAACCGCCAACGACAGGACCAGCACCACCGCCACUACCGUCAGCACGGGUCGAUUCUGCCGUUACCGUAAAAGCACGAUACACAGUACCUCGUCCGCGCCUCACGAAUAACUUUAUACGCGUUCAAACAACACAACAACAGUAUAAUAAAACUGUUCACGUCCUUUCCGAAGUGCAGUCGUGCGCAUAAGAUAUAUUCGACGUCGAUCCCUAUUCCGGAAUACCGCUCUACGCGUGAUCUAUAUAGGUAUCAUCUGCAAACGAUCGACCGAAACGUGUUAACUCGGUGUUUAUAUACUCAGUGGGUAGGUGCGUACCGUCCGAUAUAAUAUCAUAAUAUUAUAUUUCCGCGGCGCUAUGCACUAUUACGUGCUGGCCGCGCUGCUCAACGCGGCCCUCGCGGCCGGUCUGCAACGGCACGCGGUGUUCGGCGCCGGCCACCGACUGCAGCAGUGGCGACAGACCGACGACCGGCCGGACUACCUGCACUUUUUGGCCACCGCCGCCGGCGGCGGCGGCGGCGGCGGCGUGUUGCCCCGCAGGACGUGGACGCGGCAGCAAGACGGCCAACCGACCGCGACCGGCCGCAGACAACGCCGGUUUCAGACGUCCAACGCGGUCCCGGCGAUGGGCUACUGGAAGGCCCUGCACCGAAAACUGGAAGUGCAGUCCAAGUGGCCCGGCACGGAAAAGUACGCGAACGAGAUGUACUUGGCGGCAACGACGGACGAUUAUAUCAGACAAGAAGGAUAUCCAGCGGAAAGGCACACGGUGAUCACGACGGACGGUUACAAUCUGACGCUACAUAGGAUACCAUACAGCCGAAACGAAGACCUAACGACCUUCACAAGAAAACCGGCAGUGUUGGUCCAACACGGUAUACUGUGCAGUUCGACGGACUGGGUGAUUACAGGACCAAAUAGUAGUCUAGCGUUUCUAUUGUCGGACGCGGGAUACGACGUGUGGCUUGCGAAUUCCAGAGGAAACACGUAUUCCAGAAACCAUGUGACCCUAGACCCGGCGAAAGAACCGGAAAAAUUUUGGGAUUUCAGCUGGCAUGAGAUGGGCACGAUCGAUCUGCCUAACACGAUCGAUUACAUUCUAGACAAGACAGGUGAACCGGACUUGAACUACGUUGGACACUCCAUGGGCACAGCCAUAUUUUACGUCCUGUGCUCGGAGAGACCAGAGUACCAAGACAAAGUCCGGUCGAUGGCAGCCAUGGCGCCGAUCGCCUACCUAAACCACGUUAAAAGCCCGAUCAUGACGUUCUUGUCAUCCGUGGCAGACCCGUUGGCAUGGUUGUGCAACAGUCUGGGAUACUACGAGUUCAGGCCGAACAGCAAAAUUCUACUGUUCGCGGGAAAAGCUUUCUGUGAAGCCAACUCACUGAAGGAAGGAGUUUGCGAUAACUUGUUGUUUCUGUUUGCUGGAUACGACUCGAAACGUCUGAUUAAAAGCGUUCUACCCAUAAUUUUGGCACACACUCCGGCCGGGGCUUCCGCACGUCAACUCACUCAUUUCGCUCAACUCAUGAAACGCGAUAAAUGGUUUGGGCAGUACAACUACAAUAAACAGAAAAACAUAGAAAAAUACGGACAACCGGAACCGCCGGCUUACGACCUGACCGGAAUCACAGUGCCCGUGGCUCUGUACCACGCGCAAAACGAUUGGCUGUCGUCCGUGGAGGACGUCGAAGUUCUCGCGGGCAAGCUCCCGAAAGUGGCCGAGAAGAAGGUCAUGCCAUUCCCGGAGUUUAAUCACUUGGACUUCCUGUGGGCAAACGACGUGAAAAGCAUCGUUUACGACGAUCUGAUCGAGUUCAUGAAGAGGUACGACCGGAAGUAUGAUGUGGACGUAGCGCUACGGCCGUCGGUGGAAGUGGACGCGAACGUCGUGCACACGGACUUCAUCGUAUCCGACGUGCGGUAGGGGUGGUGUGUAACGAAUGCUGCAAACCGCCGACCUGUAAAGACAGUUACGGGCGCGAUGCGAGAAAUCGCGUUUUAAAAUAACUAAGAAAUAGCAAAUACGUCGUGGACGACCUCGGAAGUGCAUAAAAACGUCUAAGUACAUAUAAGUGUAUAUCGUUGGGGCUAAAAGCAUUGGAUAUAGAAUACUGACUGUAACCGCACAAAAUAUGUAUCAGAAAAAAAAAUUGUAUACAAAUUUAUAACAAUUAUCGUUGGAAAAGUGCAUAAAUAUUUAAAUAGUAUGCAUUAAAUGCGAUAAUACGUAUGUCAUAACUCAUAACAUACCUUUCUCACUCUCUCUCUCUAAAAUAUAAUUAUAAAAAAACGUUAAUACAGUUGGAAUGAGAUAUUUAAUAUUUUAAAAUCAGAUUAAAAAUGAAUAAAAAAAAAAAAAAAUGGUUAAUCAAAAAGAGUUUUGAUAAAACAUGCGUUGUCUCUCAUGCCUCGAUAGAUCGCAUUAUUAUAGUUACCUACAGAAACAAAUAUAAAAAUUUACUACGACCACUGUACACAAUUUCAAAACUGUUGUGAAUCAAUAAAUAAAGAACACAAUUUUAAAUAUCUAUGAAUUGAAAUCAGUAGUAAUAUACUAAUUUAUGCGUGAAAGAACCAAAUUAAUGUUGUAGUAAAAAAUAUAGAAAAAUUAAUUAUACAUUAAAAAAUCUAAGCAAUUCUAGAAUUACUUAAAUUACUUAGUAUUGGUAAAAUCAAUAACCUACUUUUUAUGAUAUAUUAAAUUGGGGCAGUGCGUUCGAUAAUGCUAGAACUCGGUUAGAAAUAUGUCAAAUUAUUAAAACACACCUCAAUAAAAAAUGAAUAUAUUCAAAAAACAACAAAUUUAAAUUAUUAAAAACUAAACGUGCUACUAGUUUAAAAAAUCUAUCUAAAAAUUACUGAUAUAUUUAAAAACCAGUUUGUAAUACAAUCAAUAUUGCAAGGAGUAAACACAACUCACAAGACACGCAAAAAUCAAUUUUAUAAUAAAUUCAAAUAAAACCACAUCUGAUAGAUAUUUUGAAAUAUAAUUGGAACCAAAUUAU